GUUGGGAAUGUUUUGAAGCUUCAGUGAGGUUAUCAUAUCUUUUGUCCCAUCUUCUCAAUUGUCAGGCCCCCCAACCGCCUUCCUUCAACGGAGCCUUUACUUCAUCACGUCUUUUUUUUUUCCUGGCAAUGCUGCCUUCCGCGCAGGGCAGUUGAGUAAUUUGGGUUUGAUGACGGGGAGAGCUUGACCCUCCAAGCAAAGCAUUUUUCGGGCUUGCCAGACUUACAAUGCAGUGCUAUACUGAGUUGAUGCCCCCAACCGGGGUCACUCAAGCCUUGGCAGUUCCUUUUCUCGCGGCAAACGCCAAUAAUUUGCUUGUUGUUAAAACAUCCCUGCUCCAGAUAUAUUCCCUGCAUAAAGUUGCCUCUCAAGCAGAAGGAACCGAGGCACAUCAGGAAACGACGAAGCUCCUUUUGGAAAAAGAGUAUUCUCUCUCUGGGACAGUAACUGGCCUAUGCCGGGUCAGAGUUCUAAACAGCAAGAGCGGCGGAGAGGCUGUUCUUCUUGCUUUUCGGAAUGCCAAACUUAGCCUGAUUGAAUGGGACCCGGAGCGCCGGGACAUCGCCACCAUAUCCAUCCAUUAUUAUGAGCGAGAUGAUCUGACCCGUAGUCCAUGGGUUCCUGACUUGAAAAACUGUGGCAGCAUCCUCAGUGUGGACCCAAGCAGUAGAUGUGCGAUCUUCAACUUUGGAAUUCGAAAUCUCGCCAUUAUCCCCUUCCAUCAGCCAGGAGAUGACUUGGUGAUGGAUGAAUAUGAGUCUGAUUUCGGGGAGGGAACAUCAGCCGACCGUGACGGUGUCGAUAAGGCCAAAGAGGGCAUUGCGUAUCAGACUCCGUAUGCCCCAUCAUUUGUCUUGUCCUUGACAGCAUUGGACCCUUCUAUACUUCACCCGAUAAGCCUCGCUUUCCUAUAUGAAUACAGGGAGCCAACCUUUGGCAUUUUAUACUCGCAAGUUGCAACAUCAACUGCUCUUCUACCGGAAAGAAAAGACGUCGUUUCCUAUACCGUGUUUACGCUAGAUCUGGAGCAGCGAGCUUCUACGACAUUACUCUCGGUGUCGAGGCUGCCCAGCGACCUUUUUAGGGUGGUGGCCCUUCCACCUCCUGUCGGCGGUGCUCUGUUAAUUGGGUCCAAUGAAUUGGUGCAUGUUGAUCAGGCGGGCAAAACCAAUGCGGUUGGAGUCAAUGAAUUUUCCAGACAAGUUUCAUCAUUUUCUAUGACUGAUCAGUCUGAUUUGGCAUUGCGCCUUGAGAAUUGUAUUGUCGAGUGUCUCGGGGAUAGCAGCGGAGACCUGCUUUUGGUACUUUCUACAGGAAAUAUGGCCAUCGUGAGAUUCAACUUAGAUGGGAGGUCAGUCUCCGGAAUUUCAGUCCACUUGCUGCCGGCCCACGUCGGCGUUACCGCAAUGGAUUCCGCAGCAAUAGCUUCGGCCUUUGUCAGUGAAGGAAGAAUCUUCCUCGGAAGUGAAGAUGGCGAUUCGGUGCUUUUGGGCUGCUCAUACUCAUCCUCAAGCAUGAAAAAGCAUCGUAUGCAGAUCAGGCAAGCUACGGAUGACCGUGCAGAUAUCUCGGAUGAGGAUCAGAGCGAGGGCGACGCUUAUGAAGAUGAUCUCUAUUCCACGUCCCCGGCGACAGCACUGAGUGGCCGCCGUUCAUCAGCAGAGUCAACCGCACUCGGGUUGCAUCAUUUCAGAAUUCACGAUAGACUUAUCAAUAUUGGCCCUUUGAGGGACAUAACACUGGGCAGGAGACCAUCCGCAAAUCAAGAAACGAGAGGCGACCGUACCAGUGGUACCUCUUCGGAGCUGCAGAUAGUAGCUUCCCAAGGCUCUGACAGAAGUGGGGGGUUGGUAGUAAUGACCCGUGAGGUCGAUCCCCAUGUUGUCGCCUCUAUGACAAUUGAGUCAGUCGACUGUCUCUAUACGGCUUCUUUAGCUCAGGAGGAAACAGCGGUGUCCGAAUCUACUGAGGUUGGACAGCAAUCCCAGCAACAACGAUGCUACGUUAUCGCAUCGAGAACAAAAGGUCCAGAUAAAGAAGAGUCACUCGUCUUUGUAGUGGAUGGUCAUGACCUCAAACCUUUUAGAGCUCCAGAAUUCAAUCCCAACGAGGAUGUAACUAUUGACAUCGGGACGCAGACAAGCAGGAAACGCGUGGUCCAAGUCUUGAAGAAUGAGGUACGAAGUUAUGACAGUGACCUGGGCUUGGCUCAAAUCUAUCCGAUAUGGGACGAUGACACCAACGAUGAACGGAUGGCUGUUAGUGCCAGUUUGGCCGAUCCUUUCCUUGCUAUUCUACGAGACGAUUCCACGCUAUUGCUCCUUCAAACGGACGACAGUGGUGAUCUCGAUGAAGUAGAGCUUGGUGAGGAUAUAGCAUCCGGGAAAUGGUUAUCCUGCUGCUUGUACAGCGACAAAAGUGGGGUUUUCUCUUCCAUCUAUCCAUCACCAAACGAAUCGGUUGGAGGCGAUAUGUUCCUAUUCCUACUGAGUCUCGAUUGCAAGUUCUUUGUUUAUCGCCUCCCCGAUCAAAAAUUGAUGUCAGUAAUCGAAGGGGUUGAUGGCCUGUCGCCCGUGUUGUCUAGCGAGCCCCCAAAGCGGCCAGGGACACGGGAGAAUUUGAUAGAGGCUGUCGUUGCUGACCUUGGAGAUGCUUGGAGCGCUUCGCCUUAUUUAAUUUUACGAUCCGAGAACGAUGACCUAAUAAUCUACAAGCCGUUCGUGGUUUCUGCCGGCCCAGGGAGAGGUGUUCCCGGCCUUAGGUUCUCCAAAGAGACCAACAAUACGCUGCCAAAGAUCUCUCCUCGUGUCGGCUCAAAGCAGUCGAAUAAUGCAGAACAAAGAGUCAAGCCGUUGCGCGUACUGCCCAAUGUCUCGGGGCUCAGCACCAUAUUCAUGCCUGGUGCUUCGGCAGGCUUCGUUAUCAGGACGUCUGCGAGUGUGCCGCACUUUUUACGCUUAAGAGGGGAGGAUACGCGGAGCUUGAGCAGCUUGAAUACCCUUGAAUGCGGUAAGGGAUUUAUUCAUUUAGAUUCGCAGAAUACUGCUCGCUUCUGCCAAUUGCCGCCCGAAACACGAUAUGACUAUCAGUGGACAUUGCAAAAGGUGCCUCUAGGGGAACAAGUCGACCAUUUAGCCUAUUCUGCCUCGUCGGGAACGUACGUUCUGGGGACGUGUCAUGCAACUGAUUUCAGAUUACCUGAGGAUGACGAGUUACACCCUGAAUGGCGCAACGAAGCUGUUUCCUUUCUACCAUCUGGGCGUGGAAGCUCUAUAAAGCUCAUCAGCCCCAAGACGUGGUCUAUCAUCGACAGCUAUUCCCUUGAUGCAGACGAAUACGUCAUGGCCGUCAAGAACAUUAGUCUCGAAGUAUCCGAAAAUACACAUGAGCGCAAAGAUAUGAUCGUUGUGGGGACAGCCUUUGUUCGGGGUGAAGAUAUACCUUCACGCGGCUGCAUAUAUGUCUUCGAGGUCGUCAAGGUGGUUCCGGAUCCUGAUGACCCUGAGACAGAUCGUAAGUUAAAGCUCAUCGGCAAAGAACCAGUAAAGGGUGCCGUGACCGCACUAUCCGAAAUUGGUGGCCAGGGCUUCGUUCUUGUUGCACAAGGGCAAAAGUGCAUGGUCAGAGGCCUCAAGGAGGAUGGCAGCCUUCUUCCGGUUGCUUUCAUGGACAUGCAAUGUUAUGUCAGCGUGGCAAAAGAGCUCAAAGGCACUGGAAUGUGCAUUCUCGGCGAUGCUGUGAAGGGGAUCUGGUUUGCAGGCUAUUCGGAGGAGCCAUACAAAAUGAGCCUUUUCGCCAAAGACCUAGACUACCUCGAAGUAUCUGCCGCCGAAUUCCUUCCCGAUGGCAAAAGACUGUUCAUUGUUGUGGCUGAUAGUGAUUGCAAUAUUCACAUUUUGCAGUAUGACCCUGAGGACCCCAAAUCCUCGAAUGGUGACAGGCUACUAAGCCGCAGUAAAUUCCAUACGGGCAAUUUCGCUUCGACAUUGACCCUUUUGCCACGUACAAUGGUCUCUUCUGAGAGGGUGAUUUUUGAUUCAGACGAAAUGGACUUGGACAGCCAAAGCGCCCUCUACCAGGCCCUGAUGACAACACAGAACGGUUCCCUUGGCUUGAUUACAUGCAUUCCAGAGGAAUCCUACCGAAGAUUGUCCGCUUUGCAGUCUCAGCUGACAAAUACACUGGAGCACCCGUGCGGUCUUAACCCCCGGGCUUUUCGGGCUGUGGAGAGCGAUGGUACAGCUGGAAGGGGCAUGCUUGAUGGGAAUCUUCUGUUCAAGUGGAUAAAUAUGAGCAAGCAACGCAAAACAGAGAUAGCCGGACGGGUAGGUGCACAUGAAUGGGAAAUCAAGGCCGACCUGGAGGCGAUCAGUGGAGAUGGGCUUGGCUAUCUCUGAUCGGCAUCAACCCCUGGAGUGCUGGCUCGGGUACCGACUACACUCGAUCAGCCCGAUUCAUAUUUCGAUGUCUCAAGGGGAAAUGGACGAAAGGAUCUUGCUGCCCUGGGUUAGGUUACUAGACCGAAACUAACUGCAUGCUAUUCGAGAAAUCAUGGCAUGUCAAAUUAUACGGACUGGUCCCAUGUGUGCUCGCAUUCUUUUUCCGCGACCAUGAUUGUUACAUUCCUGUAUUUCUCACAUGAACCAGAACAGUGUAGAAGGACGCAGGCGCAGCAUAUCUCAGAUAUCGACUGAUGAAGUCAAUGUGUGAAAGCACGUUUUGGUACAUGAACAUUCCAGACGGCCAGCCAAGUAUCAGGUAGAUAGCGAAGGUAAUUUACCAGACAGAACCCCACUUCAGAUAUAUGCAAUCAGAAAAGGGAAAAUAAG